AUGCCCGUCAACAGAAAAAAUGCAAGAGACGUAACCCAACUAACCGGGAAACCACUCGCCGAAACCCUCUCGCCAUCGAGCCUCCUCCAAACCCCAGAAGACUCAUGGGUGACCUCGCCCGAUCUCAAGGAGAAUGGGCUCGCGUUCGCCCCGGAGACGAUCUACGACCUGGCCGUCUUCAUGCUGGGAAACCCGAACAUGAACUCGAGUAUCUUGUUCCGGGCGGAUAUUCUAUUCGACAGUAUGAGUGUUUUGAGCACGCCAAGGGAGACGGAGGAUUCGUUUGCUGCGACGGGGAAUAGUUCAGAGGUGAAGAUGGGUGUUGAUGCUGCUGCUGGUGCGGAGGGUGAGGUUGUUGAGCCGCUCCCUGCGAGAACGAUUGCGGGGUUUGAGCUUACGAGGACAGUGGUGAGGAGGUUUAUACCCAGGAAUCCGCAGCUGGAUCGGCCGUUGGAGCAGAGCUGUUACUUCUACGAGGCGGAUGAAGUUCUUGGGGGUGGUGCGAGAAACAAACAGCUUCUUGUAGUCUACACCCCGCAUGUGAAUUCCAAGGAAGAGCUUCCUUGGUAUCAUCCUGUGCUUCGUUCUUUGGCUUAUUUUUACGACUUUACGUACAACGGUACGUCGACGGAGGCACAGACGCAGACACAGACAGAAGCACAAGGGACGGGAGCAAUGUCUAUACAUUUCCUGCCGUACCCAGCUGAACCGAUGCAUAACCGCUUGGAGCGCACCCUGCUAUUUCUUCUCAAUACUCAAAUCCGACUUGCUCGCGGUACACGCCCGGCCAAAUCAGCGGACGGAAGCAACUACAACCCCACCAAGGACAAUGUGAUUCCCAGACAUUUAAUCCAGAACACAUACUCGCGACUCAAGAUCAAGCAUGCAAACUGGCUCUGCGAUAAUUGGGCUGAGGAUACGGAGCCAUCAAAGCAUGUCUUUGAAGAUCUGGCGAUCACGGCAUUUCUCAUUGAGCUCUGGAGGAGCAUGUAUGGUGCUGUGCCGGCGGACGAGAGAGAAGAUAAAAAAGAUCAGGAUGGUUACGAUACACGAUUUCCUGGGUUUGUGGAUGUUGCAUGUGGGAAUGGUGUGCUUGUCUAUGUGCUUCUACUGGAAGGCUAUCACGGCUGGGGGUUUGAUGCCCGUAACCGGAAAACGUGGAAGAUCUUCCCAGAGUUUGUGAAGGAGCGAUUGAAGGAAACGAUCUAUAUUCCUAAGCCUUUUGCGGAUGAGCUUAUUGCGUCAGGGGAAGAGAGUGAAUUGAACGACAUCGGCGUCGAGACGCACACAGGCAUGUUCUCUGAUAACACCUUUAUCAUAUCGAACCAUGCCGAUGAGCUUACUGUCUGGACUCCUCUCAUGGCUGCCCUUUCCAGUCCAUCCUCUCCAUUACCAUUCCUGGCGAUUCCGUGCUGUUCUCAUUCCCUGUCAGGGGCGAAAUAUCGCUAUCCUGCACCCAAGAAGGAAAAGGCCAAAGACAAACGCUCCGAGCCUCAGGCAAACGAACAGAAUCCCCAGCCGGCUAAUGGUGACCUAAAAGCCCUUCGGGCCGCCAAGCAAGAAGCCCAGACCGAUGCAGGAAUGUACAAGUCAAUGUACGGCUGUCUCACCGCGAAGGCAAUGAGUAUGGGCGAAGACAUUGGAUACGAUAUGGAGAGGACAUUGCUCCGGAUCCCAAGUACAAGGAAUAUGGGAGUGAUAGGUGGACGCAAACAGACCACUCAGCAGUGGAGUCUAAAGUUCACACAUAAUAAACCAGGCGACGGAGAAACUGCACAGGCCUUGAAUACCCUUGGGGAUAACGCCGAAGCUGAUGCCAUCAUUGAAAAGGUCUGGGAGGUUGUACAGCGUGAGUGCUCGCGGGAGGGAGGCGUGAGAUCCGCCGCGAAGAUCUGGAUUGAACGUGCAAAGGGCCUCAACAAGGGGCAAUCAAAAUCAAGUGGAGGACAUUGA